CUAUUCAACAGAAGCCACGUGGCAGCACACUAAUAACUACUUAAUCUACUAUCUAGCCCAGUCCUAGUUAGUGCCCCAUGCCCAAAAACAAGUUUAGAGGCUGAAAAAAAAUAAUUACAAGCGAGAAAUAGUACUAGCAAUAGCAAGAGGCCUUUGAAGAGAGCCAGAGCUCUUGCAUAUCAUCUCCUUCCUGGAGUUGUAGCUCAAUUCCUUCCAAUCUAUAUCAGAAAAAUCAUGGAGACUGGCAUCACAUGCUACUCCCGUGGCGCGAUCCUGCCAAGUGUUCCUUCUCAACACUCGACUGUUUUAGUGUCUCCACGGACCAUUUCUCCAUCAUUUAGCUCCAAGAGUUUGAAAUCAAGCUCACUAUUCGGGGAAUCCUUGCACAUCAUGCCCAGAUCAUCACUUAAGGUUUCAAAGACGAAGAACUCUUCCCUGGUGACAAAGUGCGAGAUUGGCGAUAGCCUGGAAGAGUUUCUUACAAAGGCAACCCCAGACAAGGGACUGAUCAGGCUGAUGAUGUGCAUGGGAGAGGCACUGAGGACCAUAUCCUUCAAAGUGAGAACAGCUUCUUGUGGAGGGACGGCUUGCGUGAAUUCCUUUGGGGAUGAGCAGCUUGCAGUGGACAUGCUUGCUGACAAGCUUCUAUUUGAGGCCUUGACUUAUUCACACUUCUGCAAAUAUGCUUGCUCAGAAGAAGUCCCAGAGCUCCAAGAUAUGGGGGGCCCUGUUGAAGGAGGAUUUAGCGUUGCCUUCGAUCCACUUGAUGGUUCCAGCAUUGUGGACACAAAUUUUACUGUGGGCACCAUUUUUGGGGUGUGGCCCGGAGAUAAGCUAACUGGAAUAACCGGAAGAGACCAAGUUGCUGCAGCCAUGGGGAUUUAUGGACCACGAACUACGUAUGUGCUUGCUCUCAAAGACAUCCCUGGCACCCAUGAGUUCAUCCUCCUUGAUGAAGGAAAAUGGCAGCAUGUCAAAGACACAACAGAAAUUGCAGAAGGAAAACUAUUUUCCCCUGGAAAUUUGAGAGCCACAUUUGAUAACCCUGAAUAUAACAAGCUAAUCAAUUACUACAUAAGAGAGAAGUACACCUUGCGAUACACUGGAGGAAUGGUGCCUGAUGUCAACCAGAUCAUUGUCAAGGAGAAAGGUAUCUUCACAAACGUGAUCUCCCCAACUUCUAAAGCCAAGCUGAGACUACUAUUCGAGGUGGCUCCUUUGGGGUUCUUGAUUGAAAAAGCCGGGGGAUUUAGUAGCGAUGGCAAGCAGUCUAUUCUAGACAAAGUGAUCAAUACUCUUGACGAGAGGACUCAAGUAGCUUAUGGAUCAAAGAACGAGAUCAUUAGAUUCGAAGAAACCUUAUAUGGCUCCUCCAGGCUGAAGGCAGCCGUGCCAGUUGGAGCUGCUGCUUAAGCAAUGCAGACUUCUAAUGACGCGUUUUCUCUCUAUACAUUAAACAAAAUUAAGUCACUUUGUACACUGGGUUGCAUGGUAAUGUUGAUUCAGAUUAUGGGGACAGUUAGGCUAAAUUUGCAAGGUUGAAUUUGUCUUAAGAUCAAUGGAGGGAUCAAGCAGUUUCAGUAGCUGUUCCAUGGUUAGAAUUUCUUGUUCUCAAACAUGUGCUGUUGAAUAUAGUGAUGAAUUUCUUCAAUCUAGUUAUAUCGUUUGAAGUUUAUGAUUGUGACAAAGGUGUAAUGGGUUUAAUGAAUCUUCUUCACUUACUGAAUAUAGGUGUGUUGGUUCGUAUAAGCCACAUUCAGGCUUGCUCGAGCUGAGUGUUUUGGAAAACAGGAGGAAGCUGCCUAAGCAAAAUAUAAAGAACAAGUAUGGUUCAAAGUAUUAGCCGAGUCGGAUACCUUUUGAGAUAAUACCGUUACGCGAUAUGUAUAAAUCUUGAAAUUUGCAUGACUCGGUGGAGUCGUCUGAAUUGUAUUCGAGCUAAUCUCAAGUCGCCGAGUAAUUGUC